GCAGCGGCUGAUUUUCACGUGACGUGCGGCGUCCAACCCAAAACCAAGUUUUGAGCCUCCAUUGGAUCUUGUUCUCUGGGGCAAAACCAUCGCAACACUUCGUCCCUCCACCCCAUAGCGCCACUACUAACUAUGUUCGGUUUGCCAAAAUUAACUUCAUGCGGAAAGUCUCGCUAGACAAAGCCUGCCAUUCUCGCUUUCUCACUCGUCCGGAUUCCCGAUGAAUGUUCUCCAUGGGAGCGAAGAAUGACCUCUGUCUUGUUCAACCUGACAGGGGGCCAAUGAUAGCUCCUUGGACAUGAGAUAUGCAGCCAUGAAAUAGUCUCCUACUAAGACGGCUGGCGGAGUGUCGGUGAACCCCGCAAGGAAAGCAUCACCAAGUUAACUAGGAAACAAUUUGGGGGGUGGUGUUAUACCUCAUAGUAAUGUCGGCUUCUACGCCACCAGCCUGGAACGCAAGACCGCCAAAAUUUGAUACCGUGUACAGUACCACCGAGUCAUGACUGGGGUAUCUGAUUCUCCCUGCCUGAAAAACUGGUCUGAAAAUUUAGGAGUUGGGAUCUCAUACGGCGAUCGCUACAGCUUGGUUGACUUUCAGUGAAGGGCUUGGUCCUCCAGAAGCUGAUGACUUUUCCUACCUGGAUUCUUGACGUUGAACGAAGCUAUUUCGGCAAAAAAGGCUAACCUUCGGCUUUAUCUGCGAGUCCUUCAGUGCUUCAUCCAGCUGACCACCCAACCUCGCCGUCAUAAUGAGGGGAAGUGCUUCGAGCCAAGGCGAAUCGAGGCUUGCACUGUUGUCCGGUUCAAAAUAUUGUCACAAAAGACUUGACGAAGUUCCCAAUAUUUUGACCACGCAGUGAUACCUGGCGUCACUUAGCCAGCCCAAGUCGAAAUUAUCAAAAAGCAGACGGUACUAACUUACGGGGUGACAAUGCAUAUAAUGCCAUCGUUUGUCCUCUGGACAUUCCACCUGUGCUCUCAGUGGUUCCAAGGUCUUCCUGAUCUGUUGCCUCACAUUUCAGAUACUGAACCAGUCAAUAAUUUUGCCAGUCAAACGGGAUUAUUGCAUCCGGGAGGUAUGAAGUACUUCCAGAUAGCCCCUUGGGUCUGCAUCCCACUGUUGACAUGCCGCGGUGUCGAUGCAACCAACUCGGCGGACAGUGGCUCCGAUCUACAGCUUAAUGAGAGUCCGUUUUCUAAGAACUGGCAGGUUCUUGGGCCGUUUGAAAUAGGAACGAGGGGUACGUAAUUUAACUCUGUGCCCAAGCAGCAUCACUAACAUUGUUUCUUAGAAUCAUCCUGGGGUGCUGACCCACUGGAAGCAUAUGGUGGCUUUCAAACGCUGCAAUAUGACCCAAAGGCCAGCUUUGACAGCUCUCUGGCACUUAACGGUCUUGCAAAUUGGUCAAUGGCUUCUACGCAUGUCAAUUCAACUGCUGACCCUCCGGAGACUAUACUUGAUAUCAAUUUACCCCCAGAUAACUUGACAUCUCUUCAAGAAGUCUACGGCUGGGAUGCAAAGCAGUACCAAGCCUGGGCGCGUGGAACAUUGACUGUUUCUAAAUCCAACUCCGUGGUCGCUUUAUAUACAGAUAGGAUCUGGGAAUAUCGAAUUGACAACAAAUCAUACUUUGGUGGUGACUUUUUUGGUUUUCGCAGAGCACCACUUCUUCUGGAUUUGUCCCCUGGAACUCACACUGUUGACCUUCGUGUGGUCCGCGAUGUCAGGGCUCUUGGGGCUGUUGGCGAACCGUAUAUCAAUGUUACGCACAUUGCACAGGAGUUGUCUAAAACACUAAUUGUGGACAAAAAGAGUAUUCUCGUUGCAGAUGUUGUUGAAAAUCGUUUGAUUAGCCCGUAUGCUUCUGUUACUCUCCAUAAUACCAUGGGUAAUCCUGUUGAUGUGGUUGGCAUCAAGGAAGAUGGCACCCAGGUUAGGAUCAUCCGUUCUAUAGUCUUAUCACAUAGCUAACCACUUAUAGGCCGCCAGCUUUUCUUUGAAUAUGUUAAACAACCAUGUGAAGCUAGAGGGAGCACAAUCUCGCGCAAUUGGCUUUACAAUUGAGGCGAAAGAUAAAACCAAUGUUCCAUCCUCGGUGUCUUUAUACUUUGAGUAUACGGCCCCUGGUAGCUCCAGCGUUCAGAGAACGCAGCCCAUGACCAUCACUUUUACAAGGCGAAAGCUGCCAGAAGUUCAACAAAAUACUUUCAGACUUCCAGGAGGAGUAGUCUCUUAUGCCACUAUGCGGCCUCCGACAUCCUUGGAAUGCAACAAAAACAAAGGCGCAAAACUUCCAGUAUUGCUAGGCCUCCAUGGAGCAGGACAAGCUGCAAGUGAUGAGAUAAUUCGCACUAUGCUUGAUGGUGUAUCUGACAUAUGUGCAUGGACCUUAUUUCCCAGUGGUGUAACACCGUGGAGUGGAGACGAUUGGCGUAGGUUUCGAUCUCUUGGUUGUUGAAUUCCUGGCUAACAGAUUACUUCCAGAUACUUGGGGAUUUGCCGACUUACAGCACUCAGUCCGAGCACUUAACGACUACAUCAGGUACAGUGGUUGGACAGGAGUCGGGGUCAUUGACGGUGACUGGAUUAUAGCCGGACACUCAAACGGCGGUAAGUACGGCUAUUAUUUCGGUUUAAUAUUGGAAUCUAACUAGAAACAGGCCAGGGAACUUGGUAUACCAUCUCACAUUACCCCGAUAAAAUCAUUGCUGCAGCACCUGUUGCGGGUUAUACUUCGAUAGAAAGUACGUAUCCUCCCCCUUCCAUAUUGAGCCAUAACUGAUGGUACCCUUUCAAUAGACUAUGUCCCAUACUCCAUGUGGCAUAAUACAGACUCAUUGUUGGCUUCUACGUUUUACCGAGCGCGCCAGGACUUUAAACAUGAGAUUCUAGUUGAUAACUUUGCUGGAAUCCCGGUCUAUCAACAGCAUGGUGCCUCUGACGAUAAUGUGGUGGUAUACCAUUCUCGUCUAAUGCAUAGGUUGUUGCAAGAGAGCGGCUCACCCUCAAAGUAUCAUGAAGUGCCAGGUAAAAACCACUGGUACACCGGAAUUAUGACUUCCGACUUCCUUAAAGGUUUCUACUAUACAUAUGUUCAACGCCCAAAUGCCACUAAUCUUCUUCCUCAAAGAUUUUCGGUCACUCUCCCACCUGCAGGUCAUAUGAGUACCAGAGGGGGUAUAUAUGUGGAUCAAUCACAUACCCCUGACCGAGUUGGCUCUAUCGAGGUUGAGCGAGGUAUGACCAAUGACGGAGUCUGGAAGUUAAAGACACGAAAUAUCCGCCGUUUCCACCUCGAGACCAGCGCAAUCAGAUCACAAGUUCCACUGUAUAUCCAGGUAGAUGGCUCGACUAGAUUCACAAUCACUCCUAGCAACUCUACCACAACAUGGUACACACAAGAUGGUGCUGGAAAGUGGACAUCGGGUGGUGACUCGUGGCGUACUAUUUCACAGAGAUAUGGCAGACAGGCUGGUGUGAAUGCUUUCCUCCGCACAGAAGCGCCGUUUACUGUGACCGCUGCAGCUCAGGAAACUCGAGAUCUCGCCCUGCAAACCUGCCGAAAUUUAUUCCAGUACUUGUCAGCCGAUUGCAUCAUUUCGUAUGCUGUGCCCACUGCCGACUCCACAACUGCUGCUAGCCGGGCAGGCAACAACGUUAACAUCUUGCUUGGUGCUCAGCCAAAUGGAUACACAGCCGGGAACUUUGCUAUAUCAAUUUCAGCACGAUCGCUGGAUAUCAAGACUUCCCAGGGAACAACAAGCUAUCCCUUUGAGCCGGGCCUCGGUGCUAUCUUCAUACGCCCCUUGGUAAAUGAGCGUUUAGAGCUAGUUAUUUGGGGAUCCGACAUAGCCGGCCUUCAACAGGUUGCUCGCCUGGUGCCUGUCCUCACAGGAGUCGGCCAGCCUGACUUCGUGGUUGUUAACAAGGGAACCCCAUUGAAGGGACAAGGCUCUCUCUAUGCUGCUGGCUUCUUCGAUUCUGAGUGGAAAGUCUCUGCGGCCUCUUAUGUUUCGUGAGCUUGAGUAGAUCAGCCUGUUGUCUAUGUGGCAUACAAACCAAGUACAGUGUAGGGUUCCUAAUAUAUACAUUAGACAGCCCUUAGACAAUGAUAUAGCGAUAUAUGUGCCUUUCGUCCACCAAAUGCAGACUCUGCUAUGCCCACUGCUCCUGUGAUACCCUUAUACCAUCAUACAUCUGUCUAUACCCCUUGUAGUUAUUUCUGUUUGCAUACUAUAUCCAUGGUUUCCAUAUGGGGACUUACCGACUCUACAUGGCCAGACCAGCGACUAAGCAGCAAGCUCUCGUUGCCCUUGUUUCCUUCUGCCACCGCCCUUCCCCUUUUGGCUUCCCACAACUUCAAGACUUCAACUUCAACUUCUCGGCUGCUGCAACAACAACAACAACAUCAACAUCAA